ACGGUGUGUUUUGCCCAUGGUUGAGGUGUCCCUCUGAACUAGCUAGCCGACCAGCACUGUCCUCUCUGCGGUCUGGGAAGUGCUUCGGCGCUGCGUUUGGGAAUGUUCGUAGUUACGACAUCCUCGGAAGUUACGCUUAAAAUACCUUUAUUACCGACCACUAUCUAGGUGCUAGUUCUGUGACGCAAUGACAAGUGACUGUUCGUUACGGGCGUUCUAUCUGCUGUAGCUUUUGUCAUCUGCACCUGUGUUUUCGCGCAGUCACCGGUGUCACCGGGGAAAUCGGCCGCUCUACACUGUUGUUGUUGUUCAUGGCGUUCGGCCGUCACUGAACCUGAUGAACUCGAAAAGCAUCACUUGGAAACUACCUGAGUCACCGGGAUUGCACAACCUUCCUCCAGAAAAGUAGAAGUAGCUGUACGGACAUGUUAAGAGUGUAAUGAUUUUCCAACAUGGACGACAUCAAUCUCCACUAUCGCUUUCUGAACUGGAGGAGACGUAUACGAGAGAUUCGUGAUGUUCGAGCUGUAAGGUAUCGGGAUCGGAUAAAAAGAAUGCUGAGAGAUGGAGACUGUCUCAGGUAUCAUGGAAACUCCGAUGAAGUCGGCUGUUUUGUGGCAGCGAGACCGUUCUCCAAACGAAACCGUUAUUUUGAGGUGACCAUCAUCGAUACGGGAGUGCGAGGGAUGAUUGCUGUUGGUUUAGUGCCUCACAACUACAAGCUGGAUCAUCAGCCGGGAUGGCUCCCAAAUUCCGUGGCUUUCCAUGCUGAUGAUGGAAAGCUGUAUAACGGAAACACUGUUGGGCAGCAGUUCGGUCCAAAAUGCUGCAGAGGCGACAGAAUUGGUUGCGGAAUAUCCCUGGACUCCGAUGACGGACAGCUAGUUGUAUUUUUUACCAAAAAUGGGAAAGAAGUGGGCUCUGUUGAGAUCCCGGGCUCACCUGAAGCCCUCUUCCCUGCUGUGGGGAUGCACUCUCUGGGAGAAGAGGUGCUGCUAGACCUGAAUGCUGAGUGGGGCACGGAUGAAGAAGAGGGGCAGAUGAUCGUGGACACGCAUGAAGAGGACUGGGCUCGUCUGCAUGGUGUUAAAGUCACUGGCACGUUGCUGGAGUACAUUGGGAAAGGGAAGGGCAUAGAGGACGUAGGUCUGGCUCAGGCUGUCCGACCCCUCAACACUCGCUUCCACUACUAUGAGCUGGAGAUCACAGACGCUGGAGAGAAGUGCUACAUUGCUCUGGGGCUGGCACGCCGGGACUACCCUAAAAACAGGCACCCGGGCUGGAGCAGAGGCUCCAUCGCGUACCAUGCCGACGAUGGCAAGUUGUUUCAAGGCAGCGGCGUGGGCGACGCCUUCGGACCACGCUGCUUUGAAGGAGACAUUAUGGGGUGCGGGAUCAUGUUUCCGCGUGACUACAGUCUGGACGCUGGAGACGACCCGGAAGACGUCGACCUGGACAUGGGUCCAAAGCCCCGACAAGUUCAGAACGAAUUGUAUGCAAACUACCAAGAUGAAGACGAGGAGGAUGAGGGAGAGGAAAUAGACACGACCAAAGUCACGGGCCACUCGCCGCCCUUGUGGUUGGACAGGUGUUCUUCACCAGGAACGGAAAGGUGGUCGGUCGACGGGAAGUUGCCGUGCCGCUCGGCGGCUUCUUCCCCACCAUUGGAAUGAUGAGCUCCGGAGAGAAGGUCAGAGUGGACCUGCAUCCUCUGAGUGGCUGAAGAUGAGGAGCGAAACACGUGUUGCCUCCACGCUCACAAGCCUUGGAUACUUGAAACAUUGUCAACAUAGGAAUGUUAAAGAGGCCUCUGUCUGAUCCAAACUCUAUAUUCCAGUGCCAAAGCGCUCAAGAAUGUUUGGUUGUUUUGAACAAAUUCAAGAUUUAAAAAAAAAAAAAUUUGACAAUCAUUCAUCGCUUAGGUGGUGAACUGAUCCAAAAUAGUUGGAGCGUGCAGCUUAUCAACAACACAUUGUUGUUUGUUCUUUACUGACACCUAGUGGAGAGUGUCGCUUCCUGCAGCUGAGCAAGAGAAAAAACAGGCCCCUUAAAGAUGCUUUUUUUUUUUUUUUUUAAGUGAGGUCAAUCUGAAGUUUUUAGCUUUGAUCAAAUGGAGUUAACGGUUUUAAAAAGGGAAGUGGAAAACUGUAUUGGAAUGAAUUCAGAGCUGAAGCCAUAUGAAACGCUGCUGCUCUCAGGUAUAUUUAAAUGUACAAGAUGAUUACUUUUAGGCUUUUAUUUUUUUACUUUGAUCACUUUCCCCAAAUCAUUUCAGUCACCGUCGACUCAUGCUGCCCUCAAAAUCUCUGGUGCAAUUCUGCGUCAUGCAACCUCAAAUGACAGGCAGGCGCAACCUUUGCCUGCUUUCGAAUGUCACUUUGGAAUAUUAUAUUGCUUUAUUGAUAUUCGGUUAUGUAAAGAAUGUAAGUUGAACUGGUCAUGACCAAAGUGCCUCACUGGGUUUGUCAUGGACUGAGCACCUGGCAGAAGGUCGGUGCUGGAGCUGAGGAGGGUCACCUGGAAACACAGCGCCACCUGUCGGUCGGCAGACCCUGAUCCUGGAGGAGCAUUUAUCCAAACCUCUGAGGCUGUCCAAAGACUCCUGAUGUGAGAAUCACUGCUGCUAAAACACAUUCACAUCAGCUGUUCUGUUCUCUCGUCAUUUUCACUCCAGAUUUGCCAAAAAAAAAAAGGCCACCAGAUUUGUUUCACAUUUGUGUUUCAGGAUCUUUAAUGGCAUAUGUGCAACCAUGUACUUAAGAGAAACCCUGGAUCUGGGUUGUAAAACGUAUCAUGAGAUGUAAGGUUUACACUAAUAAAGGUGAUUUAUAUUUUAA